CCUCUCUUCUUCCCCUCUCUUCUCUCUGUCUUCGUCAUUGCCCACCCCUUUCUAUACUCACAACCCCAACUCAGCUCAAUAUCGAAAGAAACAAAGAAUAAUAAUAACACAUCAAUAUAAAUACACAAAUACAUACGGAUAUCAAAGCGCUGUUGGAUAAAAAAAAACAAACAGGAACAUAAAAUAAAAAGAAAGGAAGAAAAAAAACACAUUCAUAAACAACGUACACUACAAAUUGCACAAUGGCAAAACCCAUGUUUGCUCGUCGACUCUCGAAAGAGUUGAAUGACCUUGCAAUGAAUCCUCCUGCAGGGAUCGAUAUCAUCGAUGCUAAUGACUUUAAAGUUUGGAGACUGGGCCUUGCUGGAGCGCCAGGAACACUUUACGAGGGCGAGAAGUUUCAGCUCGAGUUCAAUUUCGGGCCAAAUUAUCCUCUAGAAUCCCCACAAGUCCUUUUUGUGGGUGAUAACGUACCGAUUCAUCCACAUAUUUACAGUAAUGGACAUAUUUGUUUGGAUGUGCUUUAUAAUCAUUGGAGCCCUGUACAAACAGUAGCAUCGAUAUGUCUCUCUCUUCAGUCUAUGUUGUCCAGCUGCACAUCCAAAGAACGACCACCAGAUAACGCUGCUUAUAUCAAGACUGCACGAGCCAACCCUAAGCAUACAACCUGGGCAUUCCAUGAUGACACUGUCUAAAGCGAGGCGGACAAAAUAGCCAUGGAUCAAAGCAUAUACAAGCAUGUCAUAUUUCAAGAAGUAAAUAAGGAUCAUUGGCGAUUUAUUUUAUACGCGCAGACAAAUGGAAACAAACGGAUAAAAAGCAUUGAUCUCAUCAAAUUAUCGACGUUUUCUGCAUCAAAAUCAGAUCCACGGUGCAUUUUAUUUUGUUUUUGUUUUUUUUAAAAAAAAAAAAUAGAUAUGAGCUACCAACGGCAGCAAUAAACAAGAGUAUCGAUCCUG